UUAAUAACAAACACGAGAUUCCUUACUCAAGACAAGCCAACCCCCACGCCAAGAAGAAGAAGAAAUAAGGCGCCUCUCUCUUGGACUCAUUCCUAUAUAUCACAAGGAUGAGAUGGGUUUUUGAUUCUUCUUCUGCUUAUUAUCAUCCAUUCUUCAUUGCUUGAUUUUCCUUCUUCAAAGUUUACUGCACAAUCUUGCUUGCUUUCUUUUUCAUUAAUGGCUGUUCAAGCUCAAUACCCUUCCAAUAUCCUCCUCUUAAACAGAGGUGGACAAGAGGAGCAUGAGUUUUCACUGCAGCAACAAACAGGAGGAGUUUUCAUUGAUCAAUCUCAUAUGUUUUCCAACAACAAUAAUACGAGGAAAAGAGGAAGAGAAGUUGCAAUAAUAACGCCAAUCAAUUCUUUCUCUUUGCAAACACAACCAUCCCAGUUGAUAGACCUUUCUCAACUUCACCAACCAAAUGCAGUCUCCACCGGCCUCCGGUUAUCCUCCGGCGACCAACAACAAAACUUACAGCAAACUCAAAAUCAUUGUUAUCCCCAACAACAACAAUUAAGUCUUCUUUCAAACUCCUUUGAUGAUUUGGGUACCCAAAUCCAACGCCAGAGAGAAGAACUAGACCAAUUCCUUCAAGCCCAGGGAGAGGAAUUGCGGCGUGUCUUGGUGGAGAAAAGGCAAAGGAACUACCGUGCGCUACUGGGAGCGGCGGAGGAAUCGGUGGAGAGGAGGUUGAGGGAAAAAGAAGCGGAAGUGGAGAAAGCAAAGCGUCGAAACGCCGAGUUGGAGGCACGCGCGGCACAAGUCAGAGUGGAGACACAGGUUUGGCAGGCAAAGGCGAUGGCGCAGGAGGCGACGUCGGUUUCGUUACAAGCGCAGCUCCAAAAGGCUAUAAUGAGCGGAGGGGCCGCUGUGACGCACGAUGGCAAAAGAGGGAACGAUGGGCUGAACUGCGCGGGUGGGAUGCAAAGGCAGGCGGAAGACGCCGAGUCUGCUUAUGUGGACCCGGACCGGGUAGUUCUGACGGGACCGGCCUGCAAGGCGUGUGGGACAUGUGUAGCAUCGGUGGUGGUGCUGCCGUGUGGGCACCUUUGCCUUUGUACAGAGUGUGAUAGAGUGGCCGAAGCCUGCCCCCUUUGCCUCACCGUCCGUAAUUCUAGCGUUGAGGUUUUGCUUUUCCCUUGAAAGUUUUCCUUUUUCAAAGGAAAAAAAAUUGAAAAUAACCUUCGAGUAUAAUAAUAAUCUGUUUACCU